AUGAUGACGCGCUCCGCCACACAUCAUGGAAUUCGGAUUUCACCAAACAUUCAGUCUACAGUAACAAGCAAGCGAAUUUCACUUCAAAACUUUGUGGCAUUCAAACCUUGCACUGUCAUGUGCAGAAUUAGUAGCAGUCAGACGAAAUACCAAGGGUUCAAUGUCAUCCAAGGACAGCCAGCUGGGCAUAAACUGCGGUUCGACUGCGGUGCUUCGUGCUUCAGAAAUAACCACGGUUCUGAAAAUUUAGGCCCAUUUGAUCUGCACAGAAAAAAUAACACAUGGCAGGAACCAUCUCCAGUCAGUCCUGUCGAACAUGUUCCUACGUCCAUCAGAUAUGUGUUCGAUGUACCAGCUCCGAGUGGGCUGUGCGGCCUUGACCUUUACCCGCAAACUCAAGACGAUGUUGUACCGGUUCAUACAAAUACUCAAACCGCCCAUCGCCAAUGCCGUAGCACACAGCCCGUAGCCGUGCACACACAUAAGCAGUUUUUACAUUCAGAAUGCAGUUCAAGGGAAAUGAAAUCUCAAAACUUGUGGAACAGAAAUAAUGUGUCGGACAGGUCUGAAGUAACUUCGCAGAUCCCUGAGGGACAACAUUAUGCAAUCUCAUCUGGUCAAGCGUUCUCUGCAAUGCUAGGCCAGACGCCUUCUUGCAGCUCAUCUACAACCGAACCCUCGCUGAAAGGUCUAUCAUAUGGAAUUCACCUGGUUACUCAAAAUCCGGAAGAUUCAAAUCAAUUUCUCCCUUAUGUUGGAUCAUGGAUUUCUACGUCGGAAGUAACUGACUCCAAAAAACUGGUUGACCAAUGGCAGAUUGAACAGAUUCAACCAACUCAAACAAAUGAAACUGGAUUCACUCAAAAUGACAGCCAGUUUGGCGGGAAAAUGAUGACGCGCUCCGCCACACAUCAUGGAAUUCGGAUUUCACCAAACAUUCAGUCUACAGUAACAAGCGAAGGAAUUUCACUUCAAAACUUUGUGGCAUUCAAACCUUGCACUGUCAUGUGCAGAAUUAGUAGCAGUCAGACGAAAUACCAAGGGUUCAAUGUCAUCCAAGGACAGCCAGCUGGGCAUAAACUGCGGUUCGACUGCGGUGCUUCGUGCUUCAGAAAUAACCACGGUUCUGAAAAUUUAGGCCCAUUUGAUCUGCACAGAAAAAAUAACACAUGGCAGGAACCAUCUCCAGUCAGUCCUGUCGAACAUGUUCCUACGUCCAUCAGAUAUGUGUUCGAUGUACCAGCUCCGAGUGGGCUGUGCGGCCUUGACCUUUACCCGCAAACUCAAGACGAUGUUGUACCGGUUCAUACAAAUACUCAAACCGCCCAUCGCCAAUGCCGUAGCACACAGCCCGUAGCCGUGCACACACAUAAGCAGUUUUUACAUUCAGAAUGCAGUUCAAGGGAAAUGAAAUCUCAAAACUUGUGGAACAGAAAUAAUGUGUCGGACAGGUCUGAAGUAACUUCGCAGAUCCCUGAGGGACAACAUUAUGCAAUCUCAUCUGGUCAAGCGUUCUCUGCAAUGCUAGGCCAGACGCCUUCUUGCAGCUCAUCUACAACCGAACCCUCGCUGAAAGGUCUAUCAUAUGGAAUUCACCUGGUUACUCAAAAUCCGGAAGAUUCAAAUCAAUUUCUCCCUUAUGUUGGAUCAUGGAUUUCUACGUCGGAAGUAACUGACUCCAAAAAACUGGUUGACCAAUGGCAGAUUGAACAGAUUCAACCAACUCAAACAAAUGAAACUGGAUUCACUCAAAAUGACAGCCAGUUUGGCGGGAAAAUGAUGACGCGCUCCGCCACACAUCAUGGAAUUCGGAUUUCACCAAACAUUCAGUCUACAGUAACAAGCGAAGGAAUUUCACUUCAAAACUUUGUGGCAUUCAAACCUUGCACUGUCAUGUGCAGAAUUAGUAGCAGUCAGACGAAAUACCAAGGGUUCAAUGUCAUCCAAGGACAGCCAGCUGGGCAUAAACUGCGGUUCGACUGCGGUGCUUCGUGCUUCAGAAAUAACCACGGUUCUGAAAAUUUAGGCCCAUUUGAUCUGCACAGAAAAAAUAACACAUGGCAGGAACCAUCUCCAGUCAGUCCUGUCGAACAUGUUCCUACGUCCAUCAGAUAUGUGUUCGAUGUACCAGCUCCGAGUGGGCUGUGCGGCCUUGACCUUUACCCGCAAACUCAAGACGAUGUUGUACCGGUUCAUACAAAUACUCAAACCGCCCAUCGCCAAUGCCGUAGCACACAGCCCGUAGCCGUGCACACACAUAAGCAGUUUUUACAUUCAGAAUGCAGUUCAAGGGAAAUGAAAUCUCAAAACUUGUGGAACAGAAAUAAUGUGUCGGACAGGUCUGAAGUAACUUCGCAGAUCCCUGAGGGACAACAUUAUGCAAUCUCAUCUGGUCAA